AUGGCAACAAAAGCCCGAGGAUUCUGUGUUAAGGCUCGUGGAUUGACGGCGACCGGCAGUAUCAGAACAUCUUCCUUCCAAUCUGGGCACUCAAUUGCUCAAAGAACCUUUUAUCGUCAAGAGCCUCACUCAAACUCGAGAUACUUCGCCUCAGCUUCCACUGUCCCCCGAUCCAGGAGCUCCCGUCCCCUCAAGAUGGCCAACGGCGACGAAUUUAUUUUGACUCUCUCAUGCCCUGAUAUACCAGGCAUCGUUCACGCAGUCACUGGCUUCUUGGCCCAACACAACCUGAACAUCGUGGACUCGCAGCAGUUCGGAGAUCCCACUUCCAAGAAGUUCUUUAUGCGAGUCCACUUUUCCCAGAUCCAGGCUUCUGAAGGAGAUGGAAAGAUCAAAGCCGAGAUCCUGAGAGAGUCGUUCAAAGAGACGGCAAAAAUCAUGUCUAUGGAUUUCGAGUUGUCUUCAACGGCCCAAAAGCCUCGGGUUUUGAUCAUGGUAUCUAAGAUCGGUCACUGUCUCAAUGACAUUCUCUUCCGACAAUCUAUCUCUCAGCUUGGAAUUGAGAUACCUCUAAUUAUCUCAAACCACCCCGACUAUGCUCCUCUAGCGGCGACCUAUAAGGUCCCCUUCCACCACCUCCCGAUCACUGCUGAGACCAAGGCUGAACAAGAGAGUCGUAUCCUGGAACUAGUCAAAGAGCACAACAUUGACUUGAUUGUCCUGGCUCGGUAUAUGCAGGUUCUCUCGCCUGCACUCUGCACCGCAAUGUCUGGCAAAAUUAUCAACAUCCACCAUAGUUUCUUGCCUUCAUUCAAGGGUGCCAAGCCAUACCAUCAGGCAUACGAUCGAGGCGUCAAGAUCAUCGGAGCCACAGCGCACUUUGUCACAAGUGACCUUGACGAGGGACCCAUCAUCGAGCAGGAUGUUGUUCGUGUUGGCCAUGGAAUGAGUCCAAAGACCUUGACGACUGAGGGCAGCAACGUGGAAAGCAAAGUUCUGGCCAAGGCCGUGAAGUGGGUUACGGAGAAGAGAGUCUUACUGAAUGGUCACAAAACCGUUGUCUUCAAUGAUCUUUGA